AUGUCAAUCGGGCUUCGCCUCCAGCCAGAAUCCGUUUUACGAGACGGAUUCGGGUUUUGUGGAGAUUAUAAAAGUCCCUUGAUCCCUUCGUAUCUUGUUAUUUGUCUGACUCUUAUGCUCUUGCUUUACUUCUUCAUUCUUCUUGGGGCAUCGGCCAAGGUGAGCAAUUUGGAGCUCUACGGCGAAGCAGGCAUUGCCUUCUUGUCUUGUGCUUACUUGAAUUCUCAAUAUCUCUUCUGCCAGAUCCCUUCAGACUACGCAUGCUAUUGCUCAAACGAGAAUGCCCGGGCCUCAGUUGUCGGCUGCUUGGCCCAAAAUGACACUCUACCUAGAGAUCUUGCUAGCUACUAUAGCAAAUACUGUGAAAAAUACUACGAAGUGAAGGUGAGCUAUGAGCAGCUUGAGAGUUCCUUGGAUUAUUACCUAAGCAGCGCCACAGACCCAGCCUUGACCAAUCCGAACUUUAACAUGACCGCUGAUAACAUGACCACACCGCUCCUAGUCAACGAGACAGCCAAGCAGCUUUAUCGUAAAUCGUACGAGGUGUUUUUGGGAAAUUACGAUCACUCGAUAUACUACGGAAUAGGUGCAGUGUCUUACUGGUUUUUAGUGUUCAUUGUUGCAGCAGUUGCAAAUUGGAGCGUGGUUUUGUUCCCAGGUUUAAGAGGCUACUUCGAUGGCAAGUUUUCCAGAGCAUGGAGAAAGCAUAUCACCAUGCCUGCGUUGGUUACACGCAAGAGACUGACACAACAGGAUUUCUUGGGUGGCUUCCUUAGCUUCCUUAUACCAUCAAGACUUGAGUCAGUCCUUCUUUUUGUAUUCUUUUGGUUGGUUUUUGCUCUCAUGGUUGUUGAGAUUCGCUAUAUCCCUCACGAUCCACUUUUCAAAACCAAGAAGGAGGCCAUCACUCGUUUCGUUGCCGACAGAACCGGUAUUAUUGCAACCAUCAUGGUUCCCUUGCUUGUUCUCUUUGGUGGAAGAAACAACUUCUUGCAAUGGCUCACGCGCUGGGAUUUUGCAACUUUUAUAGUCUACCAUCGCUGGAUUGCCAGGCUUAUGGUGGCCAUGUCAUUCACCCAUGGCGUAUGCUUUUCAGCGAUCUACGUUUGGGAUGGAAUCUACGCUGAGGAAAUGGCCGAGGAGUAUGUCACUUGGGGCAUCGUUGCAAUCGCAUGUGGUGGCAUUAUUUGUUUCCAGGGUCUUCUAUUCCUUCGGAGAGCCUACUAUGAAGUAUUUUUGGUUUUACAUAUCAUUCUUGCUGUUUUCUUUGUGGCAGGUCUUUGGAAGCACAUUUCCGUGCUCUCAUACCCGCAAUUGGUAUAUCCAAUCUUUGCAAUUUGGGGGUUUGAUCGUCUCGUCCGAGUUUUCAGGAUCUUUAUUUUUGGGUUCACUCUUGCAAAGGUUGAACUCAUUUCGGAAGAUGCUUUGAAGGUGACCGUAUCGAAACCAAGACAUUGGAAAUCAAUCCCAGGCGGCCAUUCCUGGUUACAUUUUGGCCUGAGCUGGUAUUUCUGGCAAUCACAUCCAUUCACUUUCGUCGAGGUACCUUCGGAGAGUGGAAGCGAUAUAAUCUUUUACUGCAAAGUAAAGGGAGGAGUUACAAAGAGCCUCGGGAAGAAGUUGGCAAAAGUUCCCGGUAGGGCAUUGUCUAUGAGAGUUGCCGUGGAGGGUCCAUACGGAGAGACUAGUCCGGUGCAGCGUCAUUCCAGUGUCACAUAUAUUGCUGGUGGCAAUGGUAUUCCAGGAAUUUUCGCAGAAACGCUAGAAUUGGCUCGCAAUGCAGCUAAGAGACAAACUCAAAAUCAAAAGAUCAAGUUGGUCUGGAUAAUACGAGAAUUGAGAUCCAUUGCGUGGUUCCAUGAAGAGUUGAAGCUUUUACAGCAUUUACCAGUCGAGACUACUAUUUAUAUUACCAGACCCGAAAGGCAAGAUGCUUGUGAGGAUUUGGCAGACGUGCUACAAAAGUACACCCAAAUUGACCAGUCUUCCAAAGAUUCAAGUGACAAGAAGGACGAGAAAGAGCUGAAGUCUGAAGCUGAUAUCGAAAAGUCAGAUUUGUUCGCUUGUCUACGCCAAAGUCUCUCACACAUCAAAAUCCUUGAAGGCCGUCCAAGCAUCUCGAAGGUUAUCGAGGAAAGUAUUGACGAAGCGACAGGCUCCACGGCGUUUGUCACUUGUGGCCAUCCAGCCAUGGUAGACGACGUGAGGUAUUUAGCGUUGAAAGCGAUCUACUCCACCGAGAAAGGGUCGACUUCUACGACCAGUUGCAGGUAUGGGCAUGAAUGUAAAGUCUGCGAUGCUUUUGUAGAGGCGAACGAUAGGAACUUCGGGAUUUGA